AUGGUCGAAGCUGAGGAAGUAGCCACAGCCAAUCAUGCUGAGGAAAGUGCGGGUAUACCUGUAGCAUCAAAUCCCUGUGAUCUUCCUGGAGCCGGGCCUGGACUUGUAGGAGAAUCGAACGAACCAUCGGCGUUGGAGCGCGUGCCACCACAUGUAUCCCUCACGCCACCUGAGGACUGCGUCGCUAUUACUAAGGAUGGAGGGGUGCUCAAGAAGAUUCUUGAGCCCGGAGAUACUGAUGAGAAGCCAUCGAUGCAUGCACGCUGCCUGGUUCACUACGUGGGCUACCUGGCCAGCAGCGGGGAGGUGUUCAUGGACACUCGGCGGGACCGGGAGACGGAGGAGCCCGCGGUGGUGGUGGCGGGGAGGACCGCCGCUGCUCAGGAGACGGGGUUGUGUCUAGCCGCCGGCUCCAUGAGCAGGGGGGAGAAGGCGCUGGUGUACAUCCAGAAUCCAGUGUACGGCUACGGGGCCCAGGGCAGUUUCAGUUUCCCUUGUGUACCGCCCAACUCCCAACUGGUGUACGAGGUGCACAUGAUCAACUGGGAGGGAAUAGAGGAGCUUCACUCGUUCGUGACCGACAAUGAUCGCGAUCGCGGCAGCUUGCUGUUCGAAGAGCGCCUGGAGCGGGCUGAGCGGCGAAUGGAUUUGGGCAACCAGCUGUUCAAGGGAGCCAAAUUUAAGGAGGCACUGGCCAAAUACGCACUGGCUCUAUCGUACUUGGACGAGGACUUCAUGUACCAACUAGAGGGCCACUACCUGGACAAGGCCGAGGCUGUGAAGCUGCGGGUGCAUCUGAACAUGGCUGCUGCCCAGCUGAAGACCGGCGACUACAACACCGCCAUUUACAACUGCGGGCAGGUCCUCAAUAUGGACCCCCACAAUGUGAAGGCGCUGUACCGCAGGGGUAAGGCCCGCCACGCACUGGGCCGUACGGAGGAGGCAAGAGAAGAUCUAGAGGCGGCUCUCAAAAUCGACCCCUCGGAUCGGUCCAUCCUAGUCGAGAUGCAGGAGCUCAAGGCCACCAUCAAGAAGGAGAAGCUCGCCCAGGCCGCCCUCUUCCAGGGCCUGCUGGGAGGGAAGACAGCCGGCGGAGGGGCAGCAGCAGCAGCAGCUGCAGGAGGUCCCUCCGCCGCCUCCGAACCCAACGAGAGCAACAGUCAACAAGAACAGCAGCAGCAGCCAACUACGGGACCGUCGGCGCCCUCGUCGCCAACUGCAGGUACGGCGAACGGUGGCUCUUCACAACGACAGCAACAACAUCAUCAAAAGCAGCAGCUGCAGCAGCGGAAGGGUGUGACGACAAAUGGUUCUUCCGUGAUGUCCGCCGUCGGGACAUCGGGCGGCGGGAAGGCGGGUGGUAGCGGAGGUGGUAGCGGAGGUGGUUCCGGAGCGAUUGGAGGGCAGGCGCUAGCUCGCUUGUGGGGUGGACUGGUCUGGCUGUGGGCUCUCAUCUUGGCGGCGGUGACGCGGAAGGCGACGACGGCGCCGGUGACGGUGGCGGCUGGCGGGGCGAAGGGGCCGCGGUCCGUGCCGGCGAGGUCAGGGUCUCGCUAG